UUGUUUGUUUUUGUUUGUUUGUUUACCCAGCAUGCCCGGCACAGCGGCGAGAGGCGACCUGCCGCCGACAAAAACAAUCAUUGUCUACAAGAACGGAGACUCCUUCUUUCCAGGAAGAAAGAUAGUUGUGAAUCCACGCCACCUUUCAACUUUUGACAACUUCUUGACGUCUCUGACCCGGGCGGUGGAGCCUCCGUUCGGGGCCGUGAGGAGGCUGUACACGCCCAGAGAGGGCCACACAGUCCAGCAUCUGGACGACCUGAACCAUGGGAGUGUCUAUGUGGCAGCCGGAAACGAGCCCUUCAAAAAGCUGGACUAUUGUCAGAUAACAACCAAGAAGCCACUGAAAAAGAAAAAGAAACAGAUUCAACCUGUUGUUCACAGCAGAAUAGUAGUUUCUGCUCGCUGGGGGAGAACUACCAAUGAAUCUUGCACGAUAAAUGUUUUUACCAACGGCCAUGUCUUGGUUGCUCCAGUUCGAAUACGGAUCCCAAAAUAUACUCUCAGAAGCUGGGAAAAUGUUUUAGCCAUGGUCACAGAGAAAGUGCGUCUUCGCACUGGUGCUGUGUACAGGCUUUGCACAUUAGAUGGACGUCCUCUCUGCGGCCCCGCUGAACUGGAGAACAACCAGUACUAUGUUGCAGUUGGUGCGGAAAAAUUUAGAGCUCUCCCAUAUGAUCACUGCAUCCCCUUCGGGGAUCGAAUCAGGGAAAACCACGUGAUCGAAGGCCAAGACAUCCUGCCAGCUGUUAAAAAGACAAGACAUCCAAAGGAUAUGUUUGCUCACACAGGCUUUGGAGAGGACCUUGAGCACACAGCCAGGGGCCAGAUGAAGAAACAAGCCAAACCGAAGAGAACCAAACAACAGAGGCAGGUGUCCAGAAUCCCAGUUCUGUUCUCGACAGGGGAGGGCAGCGUGUUCAAUGCACAAAACAAAAGAAGUGAGACAGCAGGAGCGGCAGAGGUGCAGGAAGACCUCCAGUUGAAGGUGGACCUGCCUAUUGAUCAGGUUGAGGCCAAGAUAGUUGACGAUGAGUAUGUGGACGGGAGAUGUUCUGCAAGUCCCUCUAAGGCCUCCAUCCAUGAUUCAAACAGCUUGUUUCUGCAGAGGUCUUUGCCUGCAGGUUCUAGGAAAAAUGAGGCUAAAGAGAGGGAGGUGUCUUCCAGGCUCCGCAGGUUACGGUCACGGGUGUCCUGCUUUUUCAAGGGAACAUGAAAUUCAAUCAAAAGAGCAAAUGGCAUCCUUGGGGAUGACUUCGCUGAGGGAGAAUGACAGCC